AGCUCUGUAAGUAAUCAUCUAAAACAAGACAGAAUGUGUCAAACACGUUACAAAUGUUAAGUCAAUUGUACAGAAAUUUGUUCAAAAACCCCCAAACUCAGUCCGAAAAAUCUGGAGCUGACCAAAUUGACCUUAAAGUAUCCGAAAUGGAACAAAAAAUUUCCCGUCUUGAAGAACAAAAUGAAGAAUUGAGAAAACAGCUAGAAUACAAUCGUAAUAAGGAAGCAGCAUUACAAAAGGUGCUUUGCAAUUACGACAACCUUCUUAAAAAAGUCAUAAUGGAAAGAAACAACAAAACCCAAGAUGACUCCUCAUUUCAUUUGACUAACCUUGAGACUGCUUUUUACGAUUUACUGCGUAAAUAUGAGAAAGCAAAACUUGUAGUUCACGAUUUUCAACAGAACGAGACCGCUUUAAAAAAGCAAGUAAUAGAAUAUGAAGAUAUUCUCGAAAAUUUGCGGACAAAAUUUGUGGCUUACAAGUCAGUUUCUGACAAAAAAGUUACAGAUACGAAACAUUUGCCAUUAAAAAAGACGAAAAGUUGUGACAAUAGCAAGACUAAAAAGCGUUUAAUGACUACAAUUUAAUGUUUACCUGAUUUAGAAAUUCAAUGACGAUGUUUGUCCCCCAUUUAUCUGGUUUCAAUAAAUGUAGAUUUUUGAAAUAAAGGACCAAAUUGCCUUUUUUUGGUUUGUAAA